AUGGCCGACGAGUCCUUAUACAUAUCGACCUAUGAGGCUGCCCUAGCGUUGGUGGCCACUUCUAUGAAGAAGGCUAGAUUAAGAUUAGACACUUUAGUCGUAAAUUCUAUCAUGGGAGGGAUGUUAUUUUCCACAGGAGGAAUGUUCCAUGUUAUCUUACAAUCUAACCUACCGGAAACUUAUAAACAGAAUCCUGGGUAUGUAGAAUUAUUACAAGGGUUAUGUUAUCCAAUCGGAUUGUUUUAUGUGGUAACUUUGGGUUGUGAGUUGUUUAAUUCCAAUAUUUUAUUUUUCAGUGUGGGAUUAGUAAGAGGGGCAGUUUCUGUACUAGACGUGCUCAUAAGUUGGAUUGUUAGUUGGUGGUUUAACUUGGCAGCUAACAUCUUUGUCUGUUAUGUUAUUUGUUAUUAUUCAGCAGUUUUCCAGACCGAAGGUGCUAUUGAAGGAUCGAGAUAUUUGUUAGAAUAUAAAAGUUCUUUUAUGUUCCAUCAAACUUUGAUCAAAGGUAUUGCUGGGAAUUUUUUCGUAUCAUUGGCUAUCUAUUUACAAAUUAUGGCCAAACCAUUGCAUGUAAAAUUCUUCUUGAUGUUAUUACCGAUAUUUACAUUCGUUUCAAUUGGUUUUACUCAUUCUGUUGCUGAUAUGUUUGUUGUCACCAUGGGAUUGAUUAACGGAGGUAAUGUUAGUGUAGCUACAGUGGCAUGGAAAGUGCUUUUACCUGGAGCAUUAGGUAACAUUAUUGGAGGAUCAUUUUUUGGGAUUGUAAUUCCAUGGUAUUCCCAUAUAUAUACCGUGGAACAAGAUCAAAAGUUAUUGAACUUACCUAAAUACGAAUUGAGAGACGAACAACCAGAAAUCAAUACCGAUUCAAGAGUUGUCAGAACUAAAACUAGAGAAUAUGAAGAUGAAUAUGACAAAGAUAUGAAUUUCUUACCUGAUAACACUGUGUCAGAUAAUGAAAAAAGAGGUGAUAAUUCCGAGGACACAAGUUCUCAAGGUAAUGUUAGUCCCCCAUAUGGUAUUUUUGGACAGAGUGCGGAAAGCAUACCAUCCCGUACGACUAGAACGACCAAUAGAUCCAUGUCUUCUUUAAAUCCAUCAAGAUCUAGAAAAUCAGAAAUUAGAUCACCUAAGAAUGUUUUCCCAGUAUACGGAAUGGGAGAACCUUUGAAUAGGGAGAAAUCAAUUGCAUCAGGUUAUAAAGAAAGAGACGAAUCUAUGGAUCCAGCAGAGAGCAUUGACCUUGAAAGAAGGGAAAGCUCAGCAGAAUUCAUGGGAUCAAGAAUACGGAAUUACUUAACCAGAAGAUUUCUGAAAACUGACGACCCCGAACAAACUGUAGGAGAUCCAAGCUUGAAUGACGUAUCGUUGAAUUCAAUUCGUCAAUAUUCAGUCAGUUCACAUAAAUCUUUCAGAACUGAUAGAAGAGGCUUAUCAAACAGGAUGAUUAACGCAGGUAUAGAUGAUAGAGCGAUGAACGAUAGUGAUAAUGUUGCUGGGGUAUCGUCACCACAAAGUCAACCAGAUUAA